UCAUAAAUAUGAUGUAUGUAUAGCCGCUCCAUCGUAGUACCACCUCUGACUCUGGGCGAAGUUUGCAGAAGAAGAAAUAUCGAGCAAGCAACUGGCCGCCUCCGGGUCGAAGAAGCCAUGCUAUGGAUUUUGCUCAUCUGGUUUCUCGUCCUCGAUGCGAUCCAGUCCCAGUCUAUAGUCAAGAGAUUGCCCGGAUUCUCGGGCGAAUUACCAUUCAGGCUUGAGACAGGGUACGUCGGAGUUGGUCAGUUCGAUGAUGUCCAGCUGUUCUACUACUUCAUCGAGUCAGAAAGGAGUCCGAGAGACGACCCUUUGGUGCUUUGGCUCACUGGUGGUCCCGGUUGUUCGAGCCUCUCGGGUCUUCUUUACGAAAUUGGUCCAUUAAAAUUUGACUAUGUGAAAUCCAGGGGAGGCAAUAAGCCAACCCUGGCGUUGAAUCCCUACUCAUGGACCAAGGUCGCCAAUAUAAUAUUUUUGGACCAACCUGUUGGGACUGGAUUCUCAUAUUCAACCACUCAGGAAGGAUAUUAUGUCGGAGACUACUCAUCGACGGCAGAAACAUAUCAAUUCUUGGUAAAAUGGCUCAGAAAUGUCCAUCCCGAGUUUCUGCCGAAUCCGCUCUAUAUUGCCGGUGAUUCUUAUUCCGGCGUAACUGUUCCAAUGGUCGUUCAGCUAGUACUAGAUGGUAAUCGAGCUGGACAUCUGCCCCAAUUGAAUCUCAAAGGGUAUGCUCUUGGCAACCCUCUGACGGACGAAAUCGGCGACCUCAAUUCCCGAGUCACAUUUGCUCAUCGUCUGGCUGUCAUAUCAGAUCAACUCUAUAAGGCCCUUAAGAAGAACUGCAAGGGCGAGUAUGUGAACGCAAACCUCACCAAUGUGGCAUGUGCGCUCGCCCUCCGAGCUUAUAAUAUGAGCGUUGCCAAGCUUGACUCUGCGAAUAUAUUGGAACCCAACUGUAGAUUUAUGUCUCCCAAGCCUAAUAUAUUCCAAUGGUCGCGGAAUGUCGUCGGGGAGGAUCUUGACCUGAUUAUUGAACGCAUGUCUUCUCAAGUCCCUCCUGAACUAUGGUGUCGGGACGACAACUAUAUAUUAUCGUACAUAUGGGCCAACGACAAGGCUGUGCAGAGAGCCCUUCAUGUUCGAGAGGGAACAAAAGAUGAGUGGAUAAGGUGUAAUGAGACCUCAACUUAUGCCUAUGAAGUCACGAACGUCGUCGGUUACCAUCAAAAUUUUACCCGCACACAGCUUCAAGCCCUAGUUUACAGCGGGGAUCAUGACAUGGUCGUUCCAUAUGUCGGAACGGAGGCAUGGAUCCAGAGAUUAAACAUGUCUCUCACCACUGAGUGGGAGCCGUGGCUCUUAGAAGGCCAAGUUGCCGGAUAUACCAUGAAGUACACGCACGACAGUCAUGUUCUAACCUACACGACUGUUAAGGGAGCUGGACACACUGCUCCGGAAUACAAGCCUGCGCAAUGCCUCGCGAUGGUGGACAGAUGGUUUGCUUAUUACCCUCUCUGACGAGCAAAUCGGCAUUCCCCGGUUUAGCUCCGUGUCAAUUGCUCUUCUGUGGAUCAUCAGUUGCUUUCCCUUGACGUAUAUAGUGUAAAGCAACCAGCACUUAUUAACUGCGCCGGCACAUUGCAAAGUCGGAAUUCAACCGCAGACUACUUAUUAAAUUGCAUAAUAAAUUGAUAAGGGGAGAGCUUUUGACAAGAAUAAACAGCAUUUAUGUUCAAUCUCCAGCCAUGCCACUCUCUAUUUGUAAAGAAGAAAUCAACGUAUCAAAUUCCCGAGCCAUAUGGUAGACAAAAUAGUUUCCAGUGUCUUGUCAUUAUAUUAAA